AUGGCCGCUCCGCAGCAACCGUACGCGCAGCCUUUCCUUCAGUUCGUCUCCUCCUCCCCUGCACCGCUAGCGAGAUGGGACCAGUGCGCGCAUCCUUCCGCCACGCUCGCACUCUCUCCGCACCCCGCGCCGUCACUUCUCCCGCCGUCUUCGCAUAAGCCUUCCGCCUUUGCGUUCCCCCACACUGGACCCCCAGCCCCGACGGAUCCCACCGCGCACUUCCCCCAAUACGCGUCACCGCUUCCCCUCGACAAUCUCGAAGGUUUUCGUGCCUCCGUUCCCGCGUUUGACUCAUGUGCCCCCGCUGUAGGCACUGCCGCUACUGUCACGUCCGUCCAGCAAUCCCUCCCAGCGUCUCCCCACACCUUCGCCCUAGAGCAUCUCACGCGUAAGGAGGACAGACAAGCAGGUACCGUUUCCGCGACACUCCCCGCAACUGCCGCUGCGUCGCCGGCUCACGCCGACGGGCCGUCGCCCCACGCACAUCCCCCCGCACCCUUCCGCUUCACUUCUCCUCAAAACCAGCCGCAAAUUCCGCGUCAAAGCCCGCUGCAGAUCCCUUCCCAACCCAACCCCCUUCACAUGUCCUCCGCCCAUGCGCCCCUCGCUGCGUGCCUCCUUAACUCUCUCCGCGCCGGCCUUCCUUCCCUUCCAUCCCUUCCGUCUGAUCGCCCCGUUUUGCCCGCUCUUAAUCCGCUCGAAGUCUGGGCUGCAGCAACAGCGGCAGCGGCGGCGGCGGCGGCGGCAGCGGAUCUAGUAGCGGCGGGGCACGGACGCAGCGAUCAGGCAUCAGCAGCAGCGGCUGGUUUUAGACUUGCUGGUGACAACCCUGAGGGAUUCUUUGGUAGGGACGGAAGAGGCGAGGGAUUCUGUGGGGGUGAUGGGGGUGGGGGUACGGUGUACGGGGGUGCGACGGGAGGGGGCGGCGGCUGUAUUGGUGUAUACGCGGGUGACGUUCUUGGAACAAGUCAGGGGCGUUCCGGCACGGCGAAACAGCCUGGCUAUCACGGCGCUCUUUCGUUGCAGAGAGCUGUUUUCGAGAGGAACCGGAACGCCAUGGACGGUUGUGGAACAAGGGAAGUGCUCCCUGGUAUCACGCAGAAUCAACUCCAGCAGUCGACUCAGCUGCUGCUGCGACAGCAGGAGCAGCAGCAGCAGCAGCAGCAGCCGUUGGUGCAGAAUUCGUUUCUCGCGCACUUGCUUCAGAGGGGAAGCAGUGCUUCUUUCAACCCCUCACCGUGUGUCCCCGCCUCCGCCGCUUUCGCAGCAGAACCAACGGCUGCGCCCCCGGGGCUAGUAACAACGGGCGUGGACGUUGGGACUGGGUCCGGGACACGGACUGGCGUUGAAGCCGCAGAUUUCUUUUCGGUGCCAGCAGCACCGCAACCUGUAUACGAUGUUCACGGUACCCAUCAGCAGCAGGGCUAUGUGAUUCACCAAGACUUCCAGCAGCAGCAGGUAGAACAGCAGCAGCAGCAGCAGCAGCAGCAGCAGGCGCUGCAGGCUUGGGCGGGACUGGGAUCUGGAGAUUUCCGCGGUUCCGCAUCUAACGUCCAUACUCUUGGCCUUUUCCCGCAUGCGCAAUCCGCACUACCCCCAAACGGUCCCGCGCACGGCGCUACCUUUCCGCCAUCCACACCUCUCGCUUCCCCCGCGCCUGCUGCCUUCCUCCCCGCGCAGAAUGCUCUCCCCGCCGCGCUGACCCCGUCUGGCGCGCACACCGUGUUCCCCGCACUUGUUGUGCACUCCCCCGCUCAUCCCGCCGCGCACCCGCCGGCGCAUCUCCCCGCGGAGCUGCCCGCGGCCGGUGCGCGGACAAGCCUCGCGCCGUCCAGACCGCCUGUCCCGGAUAUGGGGCACGCUGUGGGGCAAGGGGAGUGGGAAGUGGGCGAAUCAAUAGGGGGCGGCUGGUCUCACGAUCGCCCUGAAGAGCCACUGGCAAAGCGGGCGAGGGGAACGGCGUGCGAAGGGUUGGUUAGAGCCGGAGGGAUGGGAGAAGGGCUGGGCCGGUUGGAGAUGGUUCGUAAAUGGUCCGGAGGACUUGGGAAGAAAUCAGAGCAGGUGGCCUCGGUGGCAGAUGAUUUCAAGGCCGGUGAAGUGUCCUGGGAGGAAAGCUCAGGCGAGAACAGUGACUUAGAGGAGCCUGUAGAAGUGUUCAGGGGGGGGUUGCAGCAGCAGCAACAGCAGCAGCAUCAUCAAUUUCCGUUUUUCGCGGACUUUCAGGGUACUUAUAAUCAGGAGCAGCAGCAGCUUGCAUUCCAGUCGUCGCCGUCAUCACAGCUGUUGCAGCAGCAGCUGGGGGGGGAGAUGAACAUGCAGCAGAGUGGAUUCCCGCCCGUGCCUCGAUCUGGGAUGGUUGGCCGCGGAGGCCCCAAGCAGCCGAGGAGUGUGGCAGAGAGGAAGCGGCGCAAUGGGAUCAGUGUGCGGCUGCAGCAGCUGAAGCAGGUGUUGCCGCAGGGGCAGUCGCGGAUGACUAUGGAGGCAGUUCUUGGGCAGGCAUUGGAACUUAUAUCGGAGCUAAAAGGCCAAGUGCAGGUGUUGGAAGCGGAUAAGGCCAUAAAGACUGUGCUCGCUGUCAACGUCGCCGUUCCCAUGGGUCAGGGCGUGUCGCGAGAGGAGAUGGUGUAUCAAGCGACACAGAGAGCGGAUGUUAGCGGAAUAAAGCGUCUCCGGCAGGAAGGCGUGGGUCUGGAGUGGCGAGACAGCCACGGUCGCACGUCGCUCAUCAUCGCAUGCAGUCGCGCGGACAUGCUUCCUGUCGCACGCCUCCUGCUUCAGCUGGGUGCUGACGUCAACGCUUACGUCCGAGGGGCGCAGGGCGGAACAGCCAUCCACCAGGCGGCGAGGAAGGGCCUGGAUCAGACAGUGCAGCUUCUGCUGGACUAUGGAGCGGAUCCUCUGCGCACCAACGACAUAGGCAGGCGUGCGCUGGACAUAGCGUGGGAGCAGCACCGCCCCACUAUGGCGCGCAUCAUAGAGAACCGUGUGGCGCUAUACGUUGGCUUUGUGCGCCAGCAGCAGCUGUCCGGGCCAGCCUUCUUGCAGGCGCUCGUGCCUCAGUGGGUCUCCAAGAAAGUGUGGGUGGCAGUGGUGCCGGGAUCCCAAGGCACCAACGCACGGCAGCGACUCAACAUCUAUGCUUCGCCGUCGGCCCCCACGGCAACGGAGGUGUUGCUGCACCACUGCCGUGUGUACCUUACCAAGCAGGACACGCACGACCCUGUGCUCGUUAUAGAGGACAUGCAGAGAGCUGAGAAGUACAAGUUUUCAGCGGACAAGGACUCUCGAGAGCCGGGGCAGAUGCAGAAGCUCUACAACGCCUGCCAAGGCAUUCCUCAGCGCCAGGUGCGGCCACCCUCGGGACAGCAGCAGCAGCAGGGGAGUCAACGAGACAGCAGCCGUCAGUCAGCUGCUGGCAGCGGUCCCAGUGCCACUGCUGGAUCAGACAUGGGUGGAUGGGAUGCUGCCCCCCCGCCUCCCACAGCAUAUGGUGGCUGGGACUCUGGGCCCUCCACUUCCAAUCACCCUCAUCCCUUCUCUCCCGCUGCCGCUGCUGCUGCAGCAACAGCAGCAUCAGCUACUGUUGGUGCGAGUGUGUCGACUGGUUCCCGCAGCGGUGAUCGGUCCAUGGGAAGCAGUGUUGGCGACGGUGCCGGUGCUGGUACCGGUGCUGGUGCUGGUGCUGGUGCCGGUACUGCUGCUGGUGUUGGUGCUUCGGAUUGGGGUUCCUCGAGCAGCAACGCAGAUAGCUUCGGUGGCUGGGGUCCUGCUAAUGAAUCUCCUGCCCCAAAUCGCGCUCCCCCUCCUCAAACUGCCUCAGCAGCACCACCCGCAACUCCAGCAGCAGCAUCAGCAGCAGCAGCAGCAGCAGCGGCAUCAGCAGCACCGGUUCUGGUGCAGCAAGGGCAGUACCAGCCGCUACCGGUUGCCACUGCUUCGUCUGCCCCUAUCCCCAUGCCCUCUCCCCGCGCUGCUGCAGACACGGCCCCCUCUGCUCCUCCUCUCUCGCCCACUCUUGCCACGUCGCCUCUCGCUUACCCGUCCAUUGACACCACCCCGGUUUUGGUGGACUACGGACUUCCAGCAUCAGCAGUGGCAGUUGCAGAAACCGCUGCAGGAGCGGCAGGAGCAGCAGGAGCGGCAGCAGCGCCACCAGCAUCGCCCAAGGUGGAGCUACACCCGUCGUACGACCCGGCGCGCGUGCAAGCGGAGUUGAAGCGUGCGGAGAGUAACGUUGGCACGGGGGGCGGCCAAUGUGUGAUCUGCUGGGAUGCGCAGGCUGAGGCGGUGUGUGUGCCGUGCGGGCAUGUGGCCGGGUGUAUGGAGUGCCUGGGCGAGGUGAAGGGCAAGGGGUGGGGCUGCCCUGUGUGCCGUGCGGAGAUUCAGCAAGUGGUGAAGCUGUUUCACGUGUAA